AUGAGCAACGAUUUCGACGACGACUUCAGCAUCGACGACGCGUUCAAGCCGGAGAUCGACUUCGAGAACCGCAAGAAGGCUGCCAGCCGACCGCCGGACGAGGACCUCUCUGACCCCGCUGCCCCGAAGGGCACUGUUUUCUACCUGACGGUCAGCACCCCGCACACCGAUGGGUGGGAGUGGCACGGCCCCUUUCCCUUCUUCGCCAAAAUCCUGCGCAUCGCACAGCAGGUAGCCCGGGACUCACCCUCGGCACUCGCGACUCUCGAGCACGUCAAGUCCAAGGGCUUCACCAAGCUCGUAGUUAAGGACCCGAUCGACGAGACGCAGUUCUCUGUUCUCGAGGUCGUAACGAUGACCAAAGCCGAGGUCCUUGCCAUGCUCCCGAAGCCAGUGUUCACAGUGCUGGCAUCGGGGCCUAUGUUGCAUGAUUACAGCGAGGUGUACGGCAAGGUAAUGAGUGCAAAUGCGAAGGGGAGAACCAUAAACUCCAAGAUCAUCGGCAGCUUCACCAACGGUGACUCCGCCCGAACCGCCGCCAAGAAUGCCAUGCGUGACCUGAUCGCCAACGAGGACAAUGCGCCCGAGGUCUCUUCUUCCUUCCCUGCGGCAGAUGCUGGCGGUGGUCUGAUUAUGGCCAUGAACCCCCGCGCCAAAUGGGAAGUUCGCGUGUACUUCGAGACAGAUGCGACCUGCGGCAUGCAGGCGCACUUCGACGAGGACGAAGCCAACGUAGAGAAGGAGUGCAAGUCGUCGUGGAGGCCGGGUGGGGUCUAA